UCGUCAUGAGAUCAUCGUCAGCUGCAGUGUUAAAGUCUGUGGUCUGUUCUGCCACCGGGCUCAGUCCACAACUACCGUCACCUUUGCUGCAGGUUGUUAUUCUUCUCUUUCAUACGAAUCUUGAUGUUGUUUUAUUUAAAUGAUGUGUCUCAAAUCUUCUUUGUCACUGUCUCGCUGUCUCUGUUUUUGUCUCUCUCACUGGCGAUGUCUCUGUCCUCGUCUCUGUCUCUCAGAUCUUUGAAAAUGUCCUCCAUGAAUUUUUCCUCCUCGCCGAACGUGUCUUCAGUCAGUCAGCGGGAUUCUAAGGAAGUCGCUGUGGUCAAAAACAUAAUUGUCGUCCUUCUCGGUCUCACCAUCAACUACAUCAACGCAACACUGGUCCACACCUUCAGGAAACACCAGAUCUUUUACUUGACUCCUCGUUACAUCCUCUUCAUCCACCUGGUGGUGAAUGACAUGAUUCAGCUCACCGCCACCAUCUGCCUUUUCGUCUCCAGCUACGUCUUCCACAGAAUCCAUGCUUCACUCUGCUGCCUCCUGCUGACCGCUGCUGUGUACACCACUUUAAACACUCCGUUGAACUUGGCCGUAAUGACGGUGGAGUGUUACAUCGCUGUCUGUCUGCCGCUCAGGCACGCCCGCUUCUGCACUGUCAAACGAACCUACAUUCUGAUCGGCUGGAUCUGGGUCAUGAGCUCUGUGUCCACACUGCCCGACAUCUUCUUCACCCUGAGUUCUGAGACCGUUCGCGUCCUUCACUCCAACAUCUUCUGUUCUCGGGAGGAGUUGUUCAGACAUCCUGUGCUUGUACAGAAACAGGACGUGUCCUACAUCCUCUAUCUGUUUGGUGUUUGGGCCACGCUUUUCUUCACCUACUUCAAGAUCUUCUUCACUGCCAGAGCAGCCAAACAAACCAAGUCCAGCGACGGAAACACCAGCAAAGCCCGGAAUACCAUCCUGCUGCACGGUUUCCAGCUGAUGAUGUCCAUGUUGACCUUCAUCUACCAGCAUGUGAACAAGGCCCUGUUCUCGUUGUUCCCCAAAAACUACAUCCAGAUCCUAUUUGUCUGGUACAUCAGCGUCCAGAUAUUCCCUAGGUUCAUUAGCCCAGUGGUCUACGGGCUUCGAGACCAGACCUUCAGACAGCACCUGAAAAAGUAUCUGGCCUGCAUAUUGAGAGCUGGUGUCAGACCAUGUACCACCACCAAACUGCUGCUGAUCUGUUAAGAAGCUAGCUCACAUCUAAGACUUUAUGAAGUAAAGACCGACAAUGGGAUGGAAAAAACGUUUACAAAGUAUAUGGUAGGAGAGGCAGGAAGACAUGAAGACACUGAUGUUGACAAAACAGGAUCAAGUUAGAAGGACUACAAAAAGACCCCAAUGAAGUAGACAAGAAAUAAAUUCUGGGAAGUAGGACGACAAUAAUCCAGGGGUGGAACUUCACAGGUUGAUUUGGUUGUGAAGUGACUAAAGACAAAAUAAUGCAUUAAAAUAUGAUAAUUAUCUUUCUCAGAUCCAGUACCCCAUUCCACAAUUCAUCCAGUAGGGGGCAAUAAUGCACUUUAGUUCAUUAUGAAAAAACUGCAGCGAGAGUCAUCAGCAAACCAAGAGUUCUCUUAACACUGCAGUUUGUCAAGUCUAUAAUAUACGAGCACAGACACCAGAGUUAACGUUAGCUACAACAGGUCUGAUACAGAGAAC